AUCAAAACAGCAAGGCACGCUAGCUCGCAACAGAUUACUGACGCAGUGAAGUCUUGUAACGGCCAUGGCAACGAGUUCCAGGAGGAGAGGCCGAGGCGCAUGCCUCAGCUUCCUCGGAGUGCUCGCGCUCUUCAUACCGUGGCCGGGCACGGCCAGUCUGGCCUUUGGCUCGGCACCGCUGGGCGCCGGUCUGGGCCGGCGUGGCCUGCUGGGGCUGGUUCCCGCAGCGGGCGCAGAUGAUGGGAAGAAGCGGAACCUCGACGCCAGUGAAAUGGCCAAGAUCGUGCGGCAAGAUUUGGUAGAGCGCCAAUUCCUGGCCACCGCCGAUUUCAGUCCGGAGAUCUACGACGAGUCAUGCACGUUCACGGAUGAGAUCGACAGCUACCAGAAGGACAAGUUCAUCAAGGGCACAAAGGCCCUCUUCGUGGGGUCCGAGAGUCAAGUAAACCUGGUGGGGGACGUGGAGGUCUUGGAGGGCGGGAAGAAGCUCCAGUUCCGCUUCGCCGAGACCUUGGCGUUCAACUUCCCGUUGAUCCACCCCAAGGUGACCCUUUCGGGCACGUGCACGCUCACGCGUGGAGAAGAUGGAUUGAUUGUUGCCUAUCGCGAAAAGUGGGACCAAUCGGUGCCGGAGGUACUUCUGUCUGGCCGCCUCUAAUCCGCUCGAUUAA